AUUAAGGAUGCUAAUCCCCAGGAAGCUACUCCCUAAUCUAGGUAAAACAGUCUGAGUGGCCUUAGGUGUGAGGCCCUGAGAAGAAAGCACCUUCACAAGGGCAUUUCUAUUUACCACUUUCUGGAGAUUUGUGUUCUUUUCCUGAUGUCCCCAUUGGUCUUUGGACUAGGCGACCAGCCCCAGCAAAGCAACAGUCCAAUGGGCUGAAGUCCGAAGAAGCUGCUACUUUCUCAUCUACUCUCCAUCUGGUGGACCUAGGCCUAAUCCCUGGGACAAAGAUGGUGGGUGCAAAGUCCACCAUAGGUCCCAGCACCUCCGUGGGCCUAGCACAGCAGCACAGUGGAGUCAUAGUGAAAACCCCCUUCUGUCAGAUGUCCUGCUGUGGCACUGUUCCUUGUACCAGCGGCUGCCACUCUAGGAGGCCCUCUCUCACAGAGUCUACUUGUAGCCGCCUGUUCUACAUCCUCCUUCAUGUAGGGGCCUCAGCAGUUUGCUGCCUCCUGCUGUCAAGGACAGUGGUGGAAAGGGUCUGGGGUGAGGCACAUGGGAUCCAGAUGCCCUCGGGGUUGUGUUCCCACCUGUUUGGUCAUUCUGCCUGUCCAGUGCUCAGUGGCUCUGGGGCUGUGUAUCGAAUAUGUGCAGGAACUGCCACCUUCCACCUGCUACAGGCUGUGCUACUGGUCCACCUCCACUCCCCUACCAGCCCACGGGCGCAGCUGCAUAACAGCUUCUGGUUCCUCAAGGUGCUGUUCCUGUUAGGUCUCUGUGCUGCUGCCUUCUGCAUCCCUGAUGAGCAUCUCCUCCCAGCCUGGCAUUAUAUUGGCAUCUGUGGAGGCUUCACAUUCAUCCUACUACAGUUGGUGCUUAUUACAGCCUUUGCCCACUCCUGGAACAAGAACUGGCAGACAGGUGCAGCCCAAGACUGCAGCUGGUUCCUAGCUGUGCUGCUGACUACCCUAGGAUUCUACAGCAUGGCGGGGUUGGGAGCUAUGCUCCUAUUCCAACACUACACACACCCAGCUGGUUGCCUUCUUAACAAGAUGCUGCUUAGUAUGCACCUUUGCUUCUGUGGCCUCCUCUCCUUCCUCUCCAUCGCUCCUUGCAUCCGCCUCAAGCAACCCCGCUCUGGCCUUCUACAAGCCUCUAUCAUCAGCUGCUAUAUCAUGUAUCUGACCUUCUCUGCACUGUCCAGCCGUCCUCCAGAGAGAGUAAUCCUUCAAGGACAGAAUCUCACCCUGUGCCUGCCUGGCCUGAAUAAAAUGGAACCCCCAAUAUCAGAUACCUCACUAGCAGUGUUGAGCGCUGGCAUUAUGUAUGCUUGUGUGCUUUUUGCUUGCAAUGAGGCUUCCUACCUGGCUGAGGUAUUUGGGCCCUUGUGGAUCAUCAAGGUUUACAGCUAUGAGUUCCAGAAACCCUCACUCUGUUUCUGCUGCCCAGAAACAGUGGAGCCAGGGGAUGGGCAAACAGAUGGGGCAACCCGGCCAACUGACCAAGAGACCCCUCAAGCACCACCGCAAGCCCAGCAUCUUUCCUACAGCUAUUCUGCCUUCCACUUCGUCUUCUUCCUUGCUUCACUCUACGUCAUGGUUACCCUUACCAACUGGUUCAGCUAUGAGGGAGCAGAACUGGAAAAGACCUUCACCAAGGGUAGCUGGGCCACAUUCUGGGUCAAGGUUGCCUCAUGCUGGGCCUGUGUACUACUCUAUUUGGGCCUGCUACUGGCACCACUCUGUUGGACCCCAACCCAGGACCCCAGGCCCCGGCUUACCUUCAGGAAACACUACCAUAUGGCAUCAGUAUUACCAGAUAACAGCCUCCAGUCUAAGUCCUUUUAACAAAAAGGGAUUCCCUUCAGAUUAUAUCUCUAGUCUUGGCUCAGGGGAGCUGACCAGUCCAGCUCAGUACCCUCAGGAUCACAAAUGGAGUUACUGACCUCUAGGCUUAAGUUAAUACUAUGUCAGAAUUGGAAGAAGUGUUCAUACACACCCUAAUGCCCUGGGCAGAGUUUCUGACUCACUAGAGCUACCGUUAUGUCUUCACACCAGUUCAAGAUCCUAACUCCCAAAUCAGCAGCUGCAGGAACCACUGCUAAUCCCAGCAGACAGUGCGGCACCAGCCCUUUCCUGGUUCCUGAGCUUGGGGUGGGGGUGGGAGUGGGGGUACAGAGACCAACAAGGACUGAAGACUUGGAUCUGCCCUUGGAGAUAAAAAGAAAAAUAAGCAGUUCAACCCUGGGCACAGGAGUACAAGAAGCCCAGAACAUACCAGGGCCAAGAAAGAAAGGAGCACAAAGGCUACCCCAGGUUUUAACCCUGAUCGUGAGGUCAAGGGAAGAAGACAAAAACCACCCUCAUUCCACGAGGAAUGACAGAACAGAAGAGAAUGUGAACACUUGAGAGCAGCUGACUACGGGAAGUCGGUAAGCAGCAGGAUUUUUUUGGCCAACUUUCAAGCAGUCGAACAAACUGAGGAAGAAUGAGGAAGAGAGGCAUAAACUUAGGUCUUGGAAUCUUCCCACUUAGGCCCUUAACUCCAUCCUUGGGAUGGUGUUCAAGGUCUGGGUGGGGAACAAAACAACAACAAAAAAAUUUUUAAUUAAAAA